AUGCGCGGCUCUCGCAUUGCAGCAUUGGCAGCCCUUGCGCUUGCGCUGUGGGCAGGACGCGCCUUCAUUGCCCCAAGCAAGGCGCCUGCCAGGACCAGCAAGACACAGAUGGGCUUCUUCGAGGAGGAUAAGUCGAUGGUGAAGAAGACAGAGGAGAAAAAGUCGCUGGGCGGAAUCUGGGACGCCAUCCAGGUUGUCGAUGACUACACCAAGGAGGGCAGUGCCAGCAUCAAGGGCCCAUUUGCCGGCGUCCCGUGGCUCACGAUUGUCUACUUCGUCAUUUUCUUCUGGCUGAUCAACAUCUUCGUGACCGAAGGUGGCAAGCCGGACAAGCCAAUCACGCCUUGA